AUGAAGAAGAUCUCCGUGAGGACGUCAGAUGGCCAGGAGUUCGAGCUGGAAGAGAACCUGGCAAUGGAAUCGGCCACCAUCAAAACCUCCCUCGAUGCUUUUUCCAGGGACGACAUUAUUCUGCUCCCCAACGUGAAUAGCUGGGAGAUGGUGAAGAUCAUCGAGUUCUUCACCAAGGUUCAAGAGCUGGAGACCAAGUUCGGUGUUAAGUUCAUGGAAAAGAAAGAGGGUCGGUUCCUUGAGGCAUUCCAGGCCGAGUUCGACAAGGACUUGAGCGACGACAACUUGUACUGUCUCCUUUGGACUGUGGAUUACUUGGGAAUUGAGGUUCUGCUAGAGAAUUUGUGCCACUUAAUGGCUGAGAGGACCAAGAAUAAGACGGUCGAGUCUUGCAGGAAUUUAUUUGGAGUUCAGCAUGAUUAUACUCCUGAAGAGGAAGCGGAAAUUCGCGAGGAUUAUUCUUGGGCUUUCGAAGGCCCUGAAAUUGAAGAAUAG